AUGCCCAAAGCCCACACCCGAAACCCAAGAAGCUUGGAAUGGCAGGAGCUGGGCUGCGACUUCGUGCAUCUGGACGUCAGCGAUGGCAGCAGCGUCUCCUCGCUACCGGACCGGCUGAAGACACUGGGAGUUUCGAAGCUGAGUUUGCUCGUCAACAAUGCCGGCGUCAUGUACGAUGGUUGGAGCCGGGAGAACUGGGAGAAUCAUUGGACGACGAACGUUGUGGGGCAGGUGGAGCUGGUCAACAAAUUGAAGUCCCAUCUGGACACGCGGGCUUCCAUCGUGAACGUCUCCUCUGGCUGGGGCUGUAAAUCUGAGCUGAGCAAUCCGGCCAUUGCAGACAAGGCCUGUCGGACUUGUAUCACUUACGCAACGAACUAUAGGACCACAACCCUAAACCCUAAACCCGAAACCCCACCAUCAGCCCUAACAAUACUCUCUGAAGCCUAG